CUUUUUGUCCUCAUCUAACUGUUUAACUGUAUUAUAGUUUCCUAACUCAUAUGUGCAACAGUGCUUUUCUCUACUUAUAAAUAUGAACCAUGUGUCAUCAGUUCAUCUUCAUUCAAAAUCUAAACACAUUCUUCCUAGAAACAAAUUAUUUUCCAAUAUUAAAGAUGUAUAGACUAACCUUGAAAUGUCUUGCCCUGAAGCUUCUCCUUUUAAUCUCUUGCGACGCUAGACACAGUGUAUACUGGAGAGGAAACCGCAGGUCUAUCGCUGAAGGAGAAAGUUCCGGAACAUUCAAUGUCCUUGGCUAUGGCGCAAAAGGUGACGGGAGAACUGAUGACACGAAGGCUUUUGAAGAUGCUUGGAAUGAAGCUUGUAAGGUGGCAGCAUCGACAUUGUUAGUUCCAUCCGGUUCUACGUUCCUUGUUGGACCUGUCUCCUUCCUGGGAAAAGAGUGUAAAGAGAACAUCGUGUUUCAGUUAGAUGGAAAGAUCAUAGCUCCAACAAGUUCGAGUGCCUGGGGAUCAGGUCUCUUGCAAUGGAUGGAAUUCAAAUCACUUACAGGAAUCACUAUAAAAGGAAAAGGAGUAAUAGAUGGACAAGGAUCGGUAUGGUGGAACAAGUCUCCUGACUAUGAUACAGCAGAUGAGAACGACAUGAUGAAAAAUCAAGAGGGUACGAAAAUGCCAGGAACUAAACCAACAGCGUUGAGAUUCUACGGGAGUAACGGUGUAAUGGUUAAUGGAAUAACCAUACAGAACAGCCCUCAGACCCACCUCAAGUUUGAUAACUGCGUAAACAUUCAAGUGUCUGACUUCACAACAUCAUCCCCGGGAGAUUCCCCAAAUACAGAUGGAAUCCACCUGCAAAACUCUCAAGAUGCCGUUAUUUACCGCAGUACGCUGGCUUGUGGAGAUGACUGUAUAUCAAUUCAAACUGGAUGCUCGAACAUCUACAUACAUGAUGUAGACUGUGGGCCUGGCCACGGAAUUAGCAUUGGAGGACUAGGAAAGGAGAAUACAAAGGCGUGUGUUUCAAACAUCACUGUUCGUGAUGUCACUAUGCAUGAAACUACCAAUGGUGUUCGAAUAAAAUCAUGGCAGGGAGGGUCAGGGUCUGUAAAACAAGUUAUGUUUUCAAAUAUCCAAGUCAGCGAAGUAGCCAAUCCUAUUGUAAUAGAUCAAUAUUACUGCGAUGGUGGAGGAUGCCACAAUGAAACUUCAGCAGUCGCUGUAUCAAACAUAAACUACAUAAACAUAAAAGGUACCUACACAAAGGAACCUGUACGCUUUGCAUGCAGUGAUAGCUUGCCAUGCACAGGGAUCUCACUGUCGACCAUAGAGCUUAAGCCGGCCACAGAUAAAGCAAGUUCAAGUGAGCCUUUCUGCUGGGAAGCACACGGUGAAUUGAAAACUGAAACUCUUCCUCCAAUUCAAUGUUUGAAAACUGAGAAGUCUAUAAGUCAGUCUUCCAGCGAUGCUUGCUGAUAUUAAAGCAAGAUAUAAUAUAAAAUAUUAAGAUAGGAUCAUAAGAAUCAUACGAAUAAAAAAGGAUAUAUUCCCUUAGUUUGUCUAAUACUAGUUUGUAUAAAUCAAAUGCAGUCAAAAUGUAGCAUAUUGCAUGUUAAUGUAUUGCACUCUGUUAUAGAUA